CUUCAUCCCGAGCUUUUGCACUAGAGAAUUGCCUGCGAAGGAUAGAAAGACACUCAAGUCAAGUGCCGAUAACACGUAUGUAUAGUUUGCGGGGGCGACAGGGGUCGGAAUGAAGGCCCCUUCAGCCUGCAACAUUUCAGAUUCGCUUAGACUCAAGCCUCAUCUAUGGAUCUCCUGCCCUUCUUAAUUUCUCUUGGCCUGUACUAAACAUGUUGCAGAGCACCCGCAUAUCGAUAGCAUCGCUGGAGUGGAUGCGCCAGACCACAUCGUUCCGCAGUGGGGCCUUUAUGGUGUUGUUCGUCGACUGCUUUCCAGAAAUUCGCCAUCUUCUGAGACUUUGAUAUCCAUAAUUUCUACUCAGAAUCUGUCAAGAUGAAGUUCACCACGAUUGUAUAUUCGCUAGUCCUCGCUGCGUCGGCCACCGCGCAGACCACGCCUUCGGGCUUCACUCCGGCCACCAAUGCAAUGCUCGAUGUCUACUACGGGACACAGUAUAUCAGUCCCGGCCUUAUCGUCAAAAAGUCAACCACGGCAAAGGCCCCUGUCAUUGGCCUCACCAACACAACACUCAGCGGAAAGUACCUGCUCGCAAUGAUCGACAUUGAUGUCACCCAAAACGGCCGUGCAUCAACCGUCCUGCAUGCCCUUCUGCAAGAUUACACGCCAUCCGGCACCAAGCAGAACGGCACAUCGGUCCUCACCACGACAGCCACAACACCCUCAUCGUACUUUGGUCCUGCGCCACCCGCUGGCGCGCCUCCCACUCAUCGUUACGUAUUCUUGCUGCAUGAGCAGCCGGCAAACUUCGCGGUCCCGGCUGCGCAUCAACAGGCUGUUAGCAGCCGGUUCGGCAUUGACUGGCCAAAGUUCAUCGUGGAUGCUGGACUGAAAGCACCGAUUGCUGGAAACUACUUGCAGGUGAAGAGUGGAGAUAACACGAAGAGGUGGGAGGCUUAGGAAGAAGCUUGCUCUUCAUUUCGAAGCGCAGCCAAUUCCAUUCAAAAUGUACCUCCGUGUUAAAUAGUCUGCAAAUGCAACUCCAAGUCCCCAGC